GAAAGAGUCGCUUCUUUGUUUGGAAGAUCGGUAGAUUUCAAUAUGAAAAUCGAAUGGGUUCCUUUAGAAAUUCCACUUGAACGGCGGCUCCAGACCCUGGUCACCGCUUUCUUUACUUAUACCCUCUUUACGCUUCCCAUUUCAUCCUGGCUCACAGCGGCCAUCCUGCUGUAUAAUGGCGGAUUUCUUCUGCGCAGUCUGCUUGUUAUCUAUUUUGUAAAAGUCUUUUUGGAUUACAAGCUAAAUUACGGCCUUAUGGAGGGAAAUGGUUGGUUAUUCUAUCGCAGCAAUCGAAGAUAUCGAGACUAUUUCCCCGUUGAACUCGUAAAAACAGCUGAAUUACCGGCUAACAAAAAUUAUAUUGUGGCUAGCUUUCCACACGGAAUUCUUGGCACUGGAACUUGUAUUAACAUGAGCUUGGACAUUAGGAAUUGGCUGGAACUCUUUCCCCAAAUUAGGCCUAAGAUUGCCACCUUGGAUCAACAUUUCAGGACACCUUUCUUACAGGACUUGUUACGUUGGUGGGGAAUGGUGUCGGUUUCUAAGGAAUCUCUGACUCAUUUACUGACUAAAUCCAAUGAUCCCGAGCACAAGGAUAAUCAAGACGGUUUUACAUCCAAUGCGGUGGCUGUGCUGGUGGGUGGAGCUCGGGAGGCCAUGGAUUCCCAUCCUGGGCAGUACAUUUUGACUCUAAGGAACCGAAAGGGUUUUGUCAAAAUGGCCAUUCGAACGGGUUCAUCGAUUGUGCCUUCGUUUUCGUUUGGAGAGGUGGAUAUCUUUGAUCAGGUGGCCAACCCUCCAGAGUCCAAGCUUCGUCGAUUCCAAGAUUUUGUUAAGAAGUUCACAGGCAUUUCGCCGCUCCUUCCCAAGGGUCGAGGCAUCUUCAACUACAACUAUGGGAUAGUUCCCUAUCGUCGACGAAUUGUGCAAGUUGUUGGUUCCCCCAUCGAUGUUGUGAAGAGCGAUAAUCCCGAUGCCGACUAUGUGGACAAGAUACAUGGUCAGGUGAUGGAGGCCCUGGAGAAGAUGUUCGAACAGUACAAAGAGGAGUACAUUCCCGACUCCAAGCAGGAGAAGCUGAUUAUACAGUAACUGAGGAAGAUGAACCUCAAGACCAUGUGAUUUUAAAUAGAAUUUAAGAAUCUUUUCUAAAAGCAAAGCAGUCAAUAGAUAACCUUUAAAACCA